UUUUAUUGUUCAGAGCAUGCGCGAAACGAGGCUCAACCGUACAGCCGCGCUCCGAGUCUGAAUCGCCAUAACUGGGAACCGGGCGGUGAAACAGUUUAGGGUUCACGGAGUGCCUGCUUGUGGGUGAAUCAGGAUGGCAGACCAAGCAAAACCCAUUUGGGAACAAAUAGGGUCCAGUUUCAUCCAGCACUACUACCAGGUAUUCGACACAGACAGGAGCCAGCUUGGAGCUAUAUAUACAAAUGAAUCUUGCCUUACGUGGGAAGGAGCGCAGUACCAUGGGAAAGCGGCCAUCGUCGAGAAAAUCACUAGUCUGCCUUUCCAAAAAAUCGCUCACAGCAUCACUGCACAAGACCACCAGCCUACUCCUGACAGCUGUAUUUUGAGUAUGGUAGUAGGACAACUUAAGGCCGAUGACGACGCCAUCAUGGGAUUCCAUCAGAGCUUCCUGCUGAAGAACGUUAACGAUGCAUGGGUGUGCACCAAUGACAUGUUCCGCUUGGCACUACACAACUUUGGCUAAACGCAUGUGCGUGCGGCCCGGCGCCAGCCUGGCAGGAGGCGUGUGUGGGGGGGAGGUGAAGGAUGGGGUGCCCGCCCCAGUGAGGCCUAAACCCUUUUUCGAUCUGCCCAUCAAUUCAUCACACUGAAAACACGCAAAAAAACAGCACCGGAUUGCAGUCAGUCACAGAAAAAAACAAACAUGCAGGCACAUGUCUUCUCUGCCACAAAUGGGAGAUGUGUUCCUUGUUUUGCUGAAAGCCCACCAACCCAUCUAAGUGACCCUCACCCUAUGCCAACCUGCAUGAAGAUGCGACGUUACGCCACCAGGGGGACCGCUGGACAAUGGGACGGGGAAGGAUGUAUUAACCCAGCAGUUGCUGUUCGGUCAUGUUUUAGUUAUUAAAUUGACUUUCCAUAAUACAUUUUUUUUGCUUUAGUUCAUUCAUACAUUGUGUUUUCAUCCUGCUUUAGAAACUGAUUUAUUAUUCCUGUCUAACUUUUUUCUUUUCUGUGUAAUGUCAGGUUGCUCUAGUUAUCCAAAGACAAGUUGAAAUGGUCAUCACCCAAACCCUAUCUGCUCAGACCCGUGGGCUUCCCAUUUCUCACUCACUGCUCUCUGUGACUGCAGCCACGAUAUACAAUAAAACCUUCAUUUUUUUCUUAACAAUGUAAUCAUCUUCCUCAA